AGUGUGUAUGAUGUUUUACUUGAGGCUACAGUCUGCCACGCAGGGGCAUUGAGGUAGCGCCCCUGUCAAAGUCCGGACGUCUAUCACAGUUUCACCGCCCGGCAAAACAGGUGACAUUGACAAAGUACAACUAAGUUUAACAAAAGAAGAAGUAUUACACAAUGUUUCAGAAUAAAAUGUUCUUCUUUUGAAUUCUUUAAACUAAAAAGAAGUGAAGUUGAAUUAGAAACUGUCAAAAGUUUUGAGAAACUCUGUGCCGGCAGAAAAAACCACGUGCGCUUUUAUUAAAUAGAGUGUGUUUAAAAAAUUAUCUAAGUUAAUUUCAACAAUUUUAAAAUAAGAAAAAAAAAACUUGCUAAGAAAAUGACCCAUAUUACGAAUUUGCUUGGAAUUGUGUUUUAAAUUUUUAUUCGAAUCGUUUAGGGGUAAAUAAUUUGUGUUAAGUAGAAUUAUAUUGGAAUUAACUAAUUUAAUAUUUCCUAUUCUGCAAAUCAAAAAUUUUCCUAAAGGAUUAUGGCGACUUUUGUGCACCAAAUUCCUAAUUGUUUCAUAUUAGGAAUCAUUACGUUUUCACUGUUAGGCUCUUCUUCAGGCCACGAGAACCAACGAGGUCCUACAUUUUUUAGUGAGCCACCAAAUAAAAUUGAAUUCACAAAUGACACUGGGACUAUAGUAACUUGCUCAGCUCAAGGUCAUCCCCCGCCUGUGAUAAAUUGGAUACAACAGGACAGCAACAUCCUUCGAGAUGUUAAAGGCAUUAGGCAUACACGACCAGAUGGCUCACUCGUCUUUCCCCCAUUCGCUGCUGAAGAUUUCAGACAAGGUGUACAUGAUGCUGUAUACAGAUGCGCAGCCACUAAUACAAUUGGAAGUAUCAUAAGCCGAGAAGUUCAUGUUAAAGCAGUUGUACAACGUCGAUACAAAGUACAAGUCUACGAUGAAUUUGUUGUGCGUGGAAAUACUGCUGUCCUACGAUGCCAAGUCCCAUCUUUUGUUCACGAUUAUAUAACAUUCAUGUGGAAAAGAGAUGACGGAACAGCAAUAACUUCCACAGCCUCAAGAGGUGGUCGUUACAGCAUAUUACCAACUGGCGAGCUUUAUAUUCGAGGAGUGACGCAGGCAGACGGACAGAAAAGUUAUAGUUGCCAGACACGACAUCGUUUGACGGGAGAUAUAGUUGCCAGCGCUUCAUCUGGAAGUCUCUUUGUUACAGAACCUCAUGGAACUUCAUCACCUAAAAUUAUUGACUUCAGACCGAUUGCAUCCGCCAAAGAAGGUGAAACUAUAGAGUUGGCGUGCGCAGCAACUGCAUUCCCACCACCAGCGUAUCGAUGGUACAAGGAAGAAGAUGGCCGGCUAAGUCAUUUGAUAUCAAAUCACCGCAUAACUCAACUUGAUGGUUCUUUGAUACUGCAAUUUGUGAGUGUACAAGAUAGUGGCCGCUAUGUGUGUUCUGUAAAUAAUACAGCUGGAGAAGACAGAUCUUUUACAGUUCUUACAGUAUCAGCUCCUCUGUCAGUGUAUGUGACGCCGCAACGACAAGUAGUGGACGUGGGCCGUUCAGCGACAUUCAAUUGCACCGUGUCCGGACGUCCGAUAAGGUCUUUGAAUUGGGUGAAAGAUCAAAAGCCCAUUGAAGAUUACUAUGGGGGUGGAAGAUUCAUGCUUUUAGCUCGAGAUGUCCUCCACAUUCCUCUCGUACAAAGGGAAGAUAAAGGAAUGUACCAAUGUUUCGCCUUCAAUGAUUUUGAAUCUGCUCAGAGUUCUGCUGAAUUGAAACUUGGAGAUGUAGCACCUACGUUAUUGUCAACAUUUGCCAAUGAAGCCAUCCGUCCAGGUUCAUCAGUAUCUUUGCGUUGCACAGCUUCUGGGAAUCCUUUACCUCAAGUGACAUGGUUUUUAGACGACAUUAGCAUACCGGAUGCCGUUAGAUUCCGAGUUGGAGACUACGUCACAUCCGAAGGUCAUGUGAUGAGCUACGUCAACAUUACAGACACCCAUGUUGAAGACGGGGGAGAAUAUUCAUGCUCUGCAUCUAACACCGUUGCAUCUGUCCGUCACACAGCAAGACUGGAUAUUUAUGGUCCUCCUUUUGUUAGACCAAUGCCAAAUAUCAGCGUUGUAGCUGGACAUACCAUUGUUGUCAAAUGUCCGAUAUCUGGAUUCCCGAUAGAGAAUGUGUUUUGGAUGAAAGAUGGUGAAAAGCUUCCAAUGAAUCACAGACAGAAAGUUGAGAAAUUGGGAAGGCUUGUUAUUCAAGACAUACAACGAUCUGCAGAUGAAGGUUUCUACGCAUGUGAGGCAAUUGGAUCAGAUAAUAAAAGAGCCGGAGGAAAAAUGCAUAUGAGCGUGCUUGUUGCUCCAACAAUCGAGAAUGCAAUGCUUCCAGAAGUACUGUAUGCUAAAGAGAGUACGAAAACUAAAGUUAUGUGCAGUGUCAGCCAAGGUGAUCCUCCUAUUCAAAUAAUGUGGCGCAAAAACGGACAUGCUGUAACUAUAGAUAAAGACGUAACGGUACAAAAUCUUGAAGAUUCUUCUAUUUUAAUGUUCAGAAGAAUUUCUUCCAAACAUUCUGGAAACUAUACCUGUUUUGCUUCAAAUAUGGCUGCAUCUGUGAACAGAACCACCCAAAUAAUAGUUAAUGUGCCUCCACGCUGGAAAGUCGAACCUACAAACAGUUUUGCUGUGGUUGGAAAAACUGUUGUAAUGCACUGCAGUUCUGAUGGCUACCCAAGUCCUAGAAUUUAUUGGAAAAAAGCAGCAGGCAACCUUGCUACAGACUUUCGAGAUGUUUUGUCUAGCUACAGGAGACAGGUGUUCGACAAUGGGUCACUCGCUCUACAAGAAGUGACAGAAGCGGACGGAGGUCAUUACUUAUGCCAAGCGACUAAUGGAAUUGGAGCAGGCCUCAGUAAAGUCAUCCUCCUCACCAUCCACACUCCGCCGAAAUUCGAAACUAAAUUUGUGAGCCAUACAGUAACAAAAGGAAAAGAUGCGGAUUUGAAGUGUGAAGCGGAAGGGGAAUUGCCGAUGCGAUUUGAUUGGGAGAAAGAUAAACAAAGCUUGGAACCACAAAAUAUCAAAAGGUUGUCAGCUAUUGAAGAAACAGGACCACAAUCAGCUGUGUCGAAAUUAAUAAUUAAAAGUGCUACAAGAUCUGAUUCAGCUUUGUAUACAUGCACAGCUUCAAAUGAAUUUGGAAAUGAUCAGACCAAUAUUCAGCUUGUGGUUCAAGAGCCACCAUCUCCUCCUGUUGAUUUAAGCAUAAAAGAAAAAAGCAGCCGCACAAUGACAUUAGCUUGGUCACCGACUUUUAGUGGGAACAGCCCGGUAAUGAAAUAUACUGUAGAACACGGAAACGCAACUGCAGGAAAGAAUGAAGGCCACCUCAAGCAAACAGUUGUACCUGGUUCAGAAAUUAUGGCUAUCGUCCGAGGUCUUCUUCCCUCUUCGACCUACAAGUUUCGUGUGAUUGCUGAAAAUGCUCUCGGUGUCAGCGAACCAAGCGAUUUUGUUACUGGCACAACUGAAGAAGAAGUUCCUGGUGGUCCUCCUUUAGAAGUCAACGUUCAACCGACAGGAUCACAGUCUUUGAAAGUAACAUGGAAAUCACCACGUAAGGCCUUACAACAUGGAAAAAUACAUGGUUAUUACAUAGGUUAUAAGGUGGCAGACACAGAUGAUCAAUAUCAAUACAAAAAUGUUGAAGCUACGAAUGGUCAAGAACUCAGUUAUUUAACUAAUCUCCGCAGACUUACUAAGUAUAAAAUAAUUGUUCAAGCUUACAAUAAUAUUGGCGCAGGACCUCGAUCUGAUGAACUCUCUGCGACUACACUAGAAGCAGCUCCUCCAACAUCUCCACUGCUUACUCUGCAUUCUGUGACGUCAUCAUCACUCACAGUUGUAUGGGACAGGCAACUAGAUGAUACUGGCAUAAGAGAGUACAUACUGCACUAUAAAACAGAAGGAGGAGGAGAUAAAUGGAAAGAACAGAAACUGAGCACAGGUGGAAACCAAUACACUUUAGAAGAUCUCCGAUGUGGCACAGGUUAUAGGCUUUACAUGACAGCAACUAAUAGUCUCGGUAAAGGAGAGCCAGGUGAUGUAAUAACGGCAAGAACUAAAGGAGCAGCUCCUGUAUCACCUCAAAAAGACAAUUUUAUACGCGUCAACUCUACAUUUGUGACUCUUCACUUUGGAGCAUGGUCAAGUGGUGGUUGUCCUAUUCUCUAUUAUUCUAUUCAUCUACGUGUUCAGGGUCAGUGGAAGUUAGUAGAAGAUAAAGUUGAUGCCGCACAACCAAACUUAGAUGUUAGAGGUUUAACACCAUCCAGAGAGUACACGAUACGUGUAUCAGCACACAGUGAUGCUGGUACCACUGAAGCUGAAUACAGAUUUAUGACGUUGAAUAUUACGACACCAGAUCCUGUCUUCAAGGGUUAUCCGCCAUUAUACUCUCAAGACAGUUUACCAAUGCCAUUUUAUAAAAACUUAACUGUUUUGUUGCCUGUUGUUAUAUCUGUUGUUGUACUCCUAAUUGUUGUUAUAACUGUUAUUGUGUGCCUGAGGAAACAAGUGGAUACAGGAAGCAUAAGCGAAGAUAGCAGAAAAGUUAGAAACAGCGAACACAUGGUUCUAAGCGAAUUUCCGCAGAAAAGUUUAAAAGAUCACGAUGCAUACGGUGGAAAGUCUUCGUAUUAUUCGUCACCAGCAAGAAAAUCCCUUGCGAUGGCUUCCAGUUCACAAAGAGAUGAUAUUGAUAACAAUCAUGAAUAUGCAGAGCCUUACUGUACCGUACCAGCACCACGAUGUUUGUUAGAUGAUUCUCCAAUGUCUGCUGAACAAGUGAUGGGAAGAACUGGAGUUGAAGAUUCGUAUUCAACAGUGAAACGUAGCCCAUCAAGAACUAGUCAUUUUAUUGCUAUUGGUCCAGUGGUUGAUCUUAGAUUAGUUCGCCCCAUGUCUUGCGUGGAGAGGCAAGAUCUUUGCAAUAACUCUAGUUCUAGCCAAUCAGGCGCGAGCGGCAGUGAAGGCUACAGACAUUACAGACAAGAUUUGUCAUAGGAUCAGUAUAUAUUAGGACUUUUUUAAAGUAAUUUUUUAAAUGAUGAGAAUAUGUCAUUGGUAA